AUUGACGAAAAAAUGGAAUCCCAGCCAUCAUCCAAGGCGAUGCAUAGUAAUAUUUCACUGCUAUAGCCCACCUAUUUUACCAAAACCACAUGCUAAUUGCCGCAGAUCGUAUCAACACCAACAUCUCCCAGCUACUGCAACGAUUCGAGAAUAUCAUGGCGACUGCUACAGUCGAAAACGCCAGUCACACCGCUACCGCCGUCGAAACAUACCAGCUCGACGUAGAAUCAACAGCUUUGCUCCGCGCCGCAGAGGAUAUUCUCUCUCUGACCCGCACGAUGAAAGAAACAUGGCUUUUCGGGAAACUCGACACACUAGGCGAAGACGAACGUGAUGUGAAGCGCAGAGAAGAGCUGGAGAAUGACGCCCUUGCAAUUCAGAAAGCAAUUGAAGAGGGAGAAUUGUUGAAGCCGUCAAAAUAGUUCCUUGGUUAUCUCUGUUCUGGGGGUGAAUUGGCGUAAUGGAUGCACGGCGUUUGUGUUUCUUUUUUCUGCUGAUUUGAUUUGGUUGAGUUGAACUGUACUGUAUACUGCUGCAGCUAUCUAGAUACCCUUCAUUCAAGUAUUGGCAUAUUUAAUUGAGUACAAAGUGAGUGUC